AUUGAAUCAUACUGUGUAACAUCGUCUUUGUAAAUGUUCAUUUUCCUGAUGUUGAACAUGUUUGCUAUUUUAUCAUCAUGUUUCUUUUUAAUUACAACGCCAAAAAGCACAGUUGCCGUUGAAAAGGAUCAUGGCCCUCAUGAAAUGACCAAGUUGCGUUUGCUAAAAAGCGAGACAUGUCAACUUACAGAAGAUGUUCUGUUUGAAACAACAUACCCCUCUCGAUUAUCUUGUUCAAUGAAAUGUUUACAAGAUCCCUUCUGUUCCGGAAUCAAUAUGAAAGAUGAGAAGACGAUGGAAAGUAUUAAAUGCCAGCUGACAUAUAAGCCACCAAAACACAAUGAAAACUGCCAAGACAAGACCUGGAGUUUUUAUGAAUUACUUAAUCCCAAAAGAAAGAUUCCACCUAAUAGAGAGAAUACAUGUAAAAACGGAGGGAGAAUGGUUAUUAAUUUAAAAGAUGGACCUAGUUCUAAUCCCUAUAGAUGUCAAUGUUGUCCUGGAUUUACAGGAGAGAAUUGUUUGGUUAGAGUAUCACCAACAACAAUCCCAGCAAGUUAUCCAAAUGGUAAAUAUAAAGAUUAA